AUGUGUGAUCUCCCCAGCACCAGCAACAGGAUCAACCGCAGGGUUGGUGGCAGCAAAAACGGCAACAGUAGCUGCAGCAGCACGCCUAGACUGCCUGGAGACACUUCUUCGUUCCGUUUCCAGAGGGUCUUCACAGCUUUCCACAGCACUGAUCCAAAAGAAGCUUCUGCUGAAUUUUCCGCUGGAUCUGGGAGGUCCCCGUCCUCCGUUGCGGGUGUCAGUUCGGGGACCCUGCAUUCGAAAGACUCCCUUAGAAACAGUGCAGCUUCUGAGGGUAACCCCACCAGCCCCCUGCUGUUCGGGGGGCCCUUCAGCCCUCCAACUGAUGCAUGUGAAUCGCACACCCUUCAAGAAAAGCAAUACUACAAACCACAAGGCAAGAUCCUGCAGCAGCAGAAACAGCUGCCAAAAGAGGUGCUGUUGAGUAGUCGGCAGUACGAGGCCAUGCAAGCAUCAAGCAGCACUGGCUGCCGCCACCGGCAAAUGCUGCAGCAACAGCCAUGCACCAAGAAGACGUCGCCACACCGGCACUCACAGACCCGGCUGCAGGAGCAGCGAAUUCGAGCGCAGCACGCUCAGCCGCAGCAGCCACAGUCACCGCACCGAAGGCAACAGCAGCAGCAACAGCAACACCAAGAGGGGCAGCAACAGAUGCAGGGCUCUCCAAAAGGCACCCGCAGGAGAGCACGGAGGGGAGUGCAGCGGCAUAACGAAGGAGGUAUUCAGAAGGUGCAUGUGGGUGCCGCGCCGCAGACGGGAACCGCCCUGGAGUUCCGAUCAGCACACCAGGAAAUUGUUUCCCAGGACGUCAGCCCUCGCAGUAGCAUCGGCAGCAGGGGAAUAGAUGGGAUGCAUGAUUGGCCUCAUCAGUGUCGCUCGACUCCGGUGGGCGCCUCGUCAAGGAAUGCCAUAGAGGCUGCAGAAGGGGACAGGGGACCCCGUGUCUGCCAUAGUGCAGCUGCUGCCGUUUGGGGGCUGCCAAGUGGCAUGCGUGCUCCAACUAGUCAGGGAGGGCUGACCGCAGACAAGCAGGAAUACUCUAUUGAUGCUGCUUCUCCUGGUGCUCCUGCUGCUGCUUGUGUUGCUGUUCAUUUCGGGUUGGCAGUUCGACAGCCGCUUGAGGGACCCCUAGAAGAGCAACUGAACGCGACGCAACUGUCCCCCCUAAAGCCUACAGAGUACCAGUGGAGGGAUAUCCCGCUGCAGGCGCCGGCCUUAGCUGGCACUGGGGGCCCCCAGGAAAAGAGGCAAGCGUUUUGGCAAGCAAACCCUUACGAAUACGGGGGGCCCAGGGGCCCCCACAUCCCUGUAGACAUUCCGCAAGUACCCAACCCCCACGAAGAUGCACCAGAAUGGGGGGAUGCAGAAGCAUUUGCGGCUGGCGGACCUUCCACGCGUGCAUGCACUAUGCGGAACCCAUCAGGGGCCCCUAUGGUGGCCCCCGCGGCGUCACUUCUAGGGGCCCCUGCUGGGGCCCCUGUUGAGGGCCCCGUGGAAACAGUGUACGGAUGGUCACUCCAGCAGGCUCGCUCUUAUGAAAACGAAUUAACGGAGACUCAACAAGAUGUCGUGGAACAAACAGAUGUAUGCGACUACGGCAGCGACAGCAGCUGCAGCUGCUGCCACUACGAUUGCAGUAGCAGGGAGUGUGAAGACGAGAGCAGGCGCAGCAGCUACAGCAGCGGUAGCGGGUACAGUAGCAGCCAUACCUCAGAGGAAGAACGAACUGCAGCAGACAACGGCGAAAUGGCAAGCGUUUCUUCGGGCUUGCAGCAACAAGACAGUGAAGAAACGCAAUGCAGUAGUAGCAGCAGCAGCAGCAUGCGUAGGCCCUCAGAGGAACUCACCACGGAUCACUGGAAAAUACAAGGGGUCAAUCUGCUGCUCGAUAUUGCGGCGCUCCCCACCGAAGGCGCAGCAGUAGCAGCUGCAGCAGGAGUACUAUCGGAAGAUCCUCUCUCUCCAGCUAGAAGGUGGGGGAGUAGCAGACCUCCACGGGCUUGCGUAGUGGAGCACCAGAGUCAAUCGUCUGCGCAUCCCUGCAGCAGCGGAGGCAGCAGAAGGGAGCAUGUGCACAACUCGAGUAGACAGGUCGACACAAGCUGCAAAGAUAGCAGCAGCAGCGGCAGUAGCAGCCGGGAGCUAGGUAGCGGAGGCCGGCGUCGUCGUCCUCAGCACCAAAGCAGCGACGGUUGGUCUAGAGAAGGCGUGCAGGUCUUGGGUUUGAAGCGCCUGCGUAAGGGUCCGCGUGGUGCUGUCCUUGAAGGUGGGACCCUGGGGGCUCCCCCUCGGGUUUUAAAGCUGCGGGGGAGCCUGCAAGAUCGCAUGGUGAUCUUUGAUUGGGAUGACACUUUUUUUCCUAACUCGUGGGUAGCUGCUCGGGGGUUGAGUCUUCUCUCUGCUCCCUGCGAGUACAUUGAAGCAGCGCCGCUUCUCCAGCGGCUGACACGCAGUGGCGCGAAGCUGUUGCAGGCGGCUCGCUGCGUGGGCAGCGUCGUUCUGGUGACCAAUGCAGCACCAGGGUGGAUUGAAGAGACGUGCCAGCGUUUUCUACCUGCCCUCUGGCCGACUGUCCAGGCAAUGCGAAGAACCUCCGCUCGUUUUCACUUCGACGGACUCCAAAAUGAAUCCCCUUUUCUCUGGAAACGGCUGGCCUUCCGAGACGAGGUGGAUAGACACCUGAAAGAAUUUCAACACUGCCCUACCGUUCUCUCCGUCGGCGACGGGCCCCACGAACGAGACGCGCUCUUCUUUAUUUAUGGGGAGGGGAAGGAAAGAUACAAGUUCACCUGCAAAUCGCUCAAGCUCAUUGACACCCCGUCUCUGAAACACCUCAACAUUCAACAUUCUUUACUGCUGCACACACUGGAAGAUCUGUUAGGGCAUGAAGGACAUCUGGACUUGUGCGUCAAGUUCCCCCAGUACGGGGACUCGCAGGCGUCUUCCAGGACAUCUUCUUUAGAGGAGGCAGAAACAGGCUUGCGGUUUGGUGGAUUAAACCAGGGGGAUCAUGGGUUGUGGAAUUCAGUAGAAGAUCGAGAAAUGGCAGAAGAGGCCGAAAGAGAAGCAGUGAGGCUGCUCAACACCAACUGGCGACGUUGCAGCAGAAGCGCCGCCUCCCUUAUGCACAUCGACGUCCACUCUGGCUUAUCCGCAGAGGAAAACCACUGCCUGCUGCCCCACUAA